AUGGACGAACGAGCGAUUCUCGAGUUCUACCGGUUGCAGACGCUUUACCCGACCGAAUGGCCCGAGGAAAACAACAGCGAUGCGUCCGAUAGCGAAGAUGAAGUCAAGAAGAAGAUGCAGAGACGGAAGUCGAGAUACCAAGCGCUGGAACGGACGACAACCCGACGAAGCUUAAUCGGAGCGGAAUCCACAAGCAAAGGCGCAGGUGGGGGUGGAGGUGCCUUGGUGCAGAAGGACGAGCCUGAUCCCUUAGGAACAACGGAUAGCCUUGUAAGGACCUUGCGGCAGUUGGGUCUGCCAGUCCAAGAGAAUGCCCGGCUGCGAAACCGAUUCCUCCUUUCUUCCACGACGUUUACUCCCUCGCUGUUCCUUUCGCAAGUGCACUCCACGGCCGACAGUCAGAGGCUCCUAGACGGCCUCAACAUGCUCACGAGAUCGAUUGACGAGAAAUCAGCAUCGCUUAAAGUGCUUGUUGAGACCAACUUCGAACGUUUCGUCAAGGCCAAAGCCGCGAUUGACAAUGUGUACAAGGAGAUGAAAUAUAGGGGCACUGAACCUCCACCCACGGGUCGCCCACGUGGCCAUUCAAGACGCGAGAGUAGGAACAGUUUUCGCGCCAGCGGUGUCAAUAAUCCCCUCGUCUCACCGGUUAACGACCCGCGGAAGAGGAAUGCCCUUGUUAAGGAGAGCGAGUAUGGCGUACUAGGGAUCAAGACCCCGCUUCUAGAUGUCACCGCCAAAGCCGAGGACGUGUGGGGUCCCGCGCUCGGCGGGCGCGAGAAGGAGGAGCGUUUAAAGACUAUCGCGGGCAACAUCGACCGCUUCAAGGACUACACAGAACUGAGCUCCGCUAUCGCGGAUAGUAUCAAAGGAAAGGAUUACGAAAGUCUUGUGGAGGAGUAUAACCGCGCUAGGAGGAUAGCCGAUGACGCCAGAGCCCUGGCUCAGCGAUUGGGCAGCACAACGCCCACUGACUCAGAGCUUUACCAGCUCAUACUCGCCUGCCGUAUGUGGCAUGACGUGGAUGAGCAGAUACAAGUGUUUAAGCGAGAGGUCUGGAGAAACCUUACGUCCGUCCAGACGAUCGCAAAGGCGGACAACUUGCCAGGACACCCUGAGGAUCGGCACAUGGAGCUCAUCUCUCUCCUCCUGGAGCUGGGUGUGGAUGACAACCCCAUCUGGCUCUGGCUCCUCAGCCGCUACGACUUCCUCAAGGGGAAGAUACAGGCCACAGCGGAUAGAGCCAAGGUUGAGAUUGAAAUCCUACGCCGUCGGCUUGCGAGCUCGGAUAAACCGAGCCCACAGGUCACUGCAUCUUAUUUACGGUCCAUGAGUCGCCAGCCUGUCCAUAAUAGACCAUCCUCGCUCGACUCUAGCGACGUUGUUGAGCUUUGGGAGAAGAUGUUCAGCUUCGUCAGUACAAUGCUCUCGCAGCAGGGUCUGUUGGGAGAGAUUGUGGGCUUCUGGCAUAUGGUGAGGGAUUUUGUUAGUGGAACUACGCAGAAGACCUUGCCGGUUGGAUACAAUGGCGAGUCGAAGCAAUUCCACAGGCUAUCUGCCGAGGGGACGGUAUCUUUGGAGAAAGCCAUCGUUGAACUGGUCGAUAUCGUUCGGGACAACAUCUUCGCCUUUUUCGCGGGGCUUCCUCCCGAGGACAUUUCACUGCUGUUUUCUCCUCUGCCUCCCUCACCAAAGACUCCCGGUGGCCUGUCCUCGAUGUCCGGGUCUCUAUCACCGGGUGGGCCCCGCGACCCGCGAUUUAAUCUAGAUCCGAACAAUCUCCCACCGCCGUCACCAAAACGAGGUGAGGCCUGGGAGAAGUUUGCGUUCUGGCCUCCAUGGUCUAACUCAAUCAGCGGCGUGCACUACUUGUCCAAGAUGCUCGCCCUUAUUGGUGCAGGGGCUGCAGAGUUCGCGACUAUUAAGCCCCUCGGAAGCGCGGACGGAGCUGCGGUCGAGAGACUGAAGGCCUUGGUUGGCGCGGCAAGAGAGAGGUCAGUAACGGCUCUUUGCGCAGCCUGGAACAAGGACGCCGAGAAUAUCAAGUUUGUCGAAGAUUGGCAUAGGGGUGACACCGGUGAUGUGACGCGCAUGCCAGCCAGUUUCGCCGCUUUCGAGGGCGCCCUACUCGCUGGCAUGCAGAAGAUUCUCUACAUCUCAGAGGCGAUGGCUAAGCCGGGCGCGGAGUUUAUCGUCCUUCCACCACAAGCCAAGCUGUUGCAGAUGGUCCGGAGUCAAUAUGUCACCACGCUCUAUAAGGCGCUGAGCGGCAUGGUUGAGAAUGCCGAGCGGUCGUUGAAGCAAGCCGAUGAUGAGUGGACUACGGAUGUUGACAGCGCUGCUGCAACAGCUGCAACAGUCUCCAUGACAACUGGCAAGGGUACACUGGAUCCGAGUGAUAGAAAUGUUCGCAUGCUUUUGACUCUUAGCAAUCUUCAAGCCCUCCGGUCUCAGGUUGUGCCGGCUCUCAACACCCAGUUCGAGAAUGCCUUCUCGGUCAAACUUACGGAUGAGUCCAAGACUAUCCGGGACGUACUGGGCCAGAUUGAUGCUCGGCUCUUCCAAACAUAUACCCGCCCAGCGGUCGAAAGCUUCCGUGGCAUCAUCAAGGCCGGCAUCUCAGAUCCUGAAUGGAACCCACCCCCUGGCGUCAAGCCCACGGCGGCCAGACCCUACGUCUACGAGGUUCUCCUCGGUCUCGUCCUCGUCCACUCGCAAGUAUCAACUACUGCCCCCUCCCUCACCUCCCAGGUCCUCUCCUUCCUCCUCGAGCAAAUCAGCCGCGAGCUCCUCGACACCUACCGCACGCGGCACAAAUACACGCUCGAAGCGCUCAUGCAGGCCACCCUCGACGUUGAGUUCAUCGCCCAGACGCUCAGCCAGUACACCACCGACAGGGCCUCGGAGCUGCAGGGGCAGGUGUACCAGGAACUCGAUAGCCGCACGGACGAUAGCACCAGGGCGAAGCUCCAGGGGGAGUUGCCGGAGAUGCGGAGCGUGUUGAAGAAGUUGAGGGAGGCGAGUAAGAUGGAGUUUGCGUGUUUUAGGAAACCGAAGAGGCCGCAGCAAGGUGAUCGGCGGGAUACUGCGAUGAGUGGUUGA